AUGGCCUCCAGACUCCUGAAGGUCCCUUCCCUUCCCACUAAUCACAGCUUUAGUUGGGGCUGCCCGGCCUCUGGUGCUGAGAAGGCCCUUGAUCCCUGCUGGAGGGAUCGGACUUGGGGUCUGGGGGCAGGGACCAGCGCACAGAAUUCCAGGCCUGGAGCUGGGCCAGACAUCUGCCCCCCCUUGGAUUUCUGGGAGUCCAUCCCCGCCAGGCCUUUGCUGGAGGCAGAGGGAGGCCAGACCUCCUGGUCCCAGCGGGCGGACCCCUUCCCUUCCGGUUGCCCGCGGGGCUUUGGGGCUCGGUUCCGAGCGGGCCUGGCGCUCCUGCCUGGGCUUGGGGUUUCCCGACUCCGGAUCCUUCCCAGAGCCUCCCAGCAGCUCCCUGGGUGUUUGGGCUUCCAGGCUCUGCUUUCAGCCGAGAGCUGGCCCCCUUCCCGGGCCGUGGAGCCGGGCCAUGGAGGGGCCGGCGGACAGAGGCGGCCUCCUUGGUUUGGUUCCUGGCGCAUGAGUAAUGGCUCCGGGCCUCUUCGUACCUGGCUCGGAUUCAAUGGGAAGGAGACAUCUGGCCUUCGGAAGCCCUGGGGCUGUGCGGGCGCUGCCGGGGUCCCAUUCCUUUACUCGGAGCCCGGACCGACCCAGGGAGUGCAGGGAGAUGAAAAAAUGAGCCUCCCGGGAGGGCCCCUUCUGUUCCUGACGGUCAACACCCCAAGGCCCCCGGGGCCCUGGAAGAAGGGAAAGGAAAAGGGGAAUGAGGCGGGGGCAGUAGGGCCCCGGGGUCCCCCCGCCCUCCCCGAGGAGGUGGCUGACAUUUUCAACGCCCCCAGCGACGAGGAGGACUUUUUCGGGUUCGGAGAUGAGGUUCCCAUGGAAACGCUUGUCCUGGAAAGAGCUUUGACCCAAGUCAGGAAAAAGGAUAUGCAUUUCCAUUCCAAGUACAUGACCGACGAACUGCGAAGGAUUUUCACCGAGGAUACUGACUCAGAGACGGAAGAUUUUGAAGGAUUUACCCAGAAUGAGCUCAACAGUCACCCAGAGCUAAUGCUCACAGAGUCAGAAAUGAGUGAUGAAGAUGCUGGAGACAGUCAUGUGGGCAGUGAAGAGGAGGAAGAAGAGGAGGAGGAAGAGGAAGAAGCCAAAACAAAGACGGCCUCCAGAAGAAACAGCUUUGGGCUAAGAGUUGCCUUCCAGUUCCCCACAAAGAAUAAAGCAGAUAUAAAAACCAGGUUUUCUGAGCCAUCCUUUUCUAGCUUACAUUUUGAUGAGAGUGAAAAAUCGAAGUCUUUGAGAAGAAAGAAAAAUGGUAGGCCGGGGAAGAGAGCUGUGGAAGGAUCCACCUCUGAGUCGGAUGAGGACUCGGACCUGGGCCAGACUGACUCGGAUGCUCUGAUCAAAAGGGCCAUGAACAUCAAGGAGAACAAAGCCAUGCUCGCUCAGCUGCUGGCAGAACUGCACUCUCUCCCAGAGCUGUUCCCGGUGCAGACCCCGAGCCCAACUUACAAAAAGAAGACGGUCAGGCGGGCUUUCUCGGAGGGACAGAUAACUCGCCGCAUGAACCCCACCCGCAGUGCCCGGCCUCCGGAGAAGUUUGCCGUGGAAAACUUCACCGUGUCCCCCAACUUUGAAGAAGACCUGUACGCUUUCAGGAGACGGAAGAAAGGGAGCGGGGGUAAAUGCCGCGUGUACAGAAAACGGCGUAUGUCUUCUUACCGGACAGUGGAUGAGAUCACCGAAGAUGACCUAGAAAACGUCGCUAUCACUGUGAGAGAUAAAAUCUACGACAAAGUUCUGGGUAACACGUGCCAUCAAUGCCGACAGAAGACCAUCGAUACUAAGACAGUGUGUCGGAACCUGGAGUGCGGGGGAGUCAGGGGGCAGUUCUGUGGCCCGUGCCUCCGGAAUCGUUAUGGGGAAGAUGUAAGGUCGGCUCUCUUGGACCCGGACUGGAUGUGCCCCCCCUGCCGGGGGAUUUGCAAUUGCAGUUACUGUCGGCGGCGUGACGGACGAUGUGCUACCGGCAUCCUCAUCCACCUGGCAAAAUUUUAUGGCUACAACAACGUGAAAGAAUACUUGGAGAGCAUACAGAAACAACUGGUUGAAGACCAUUAGGAUGCAGAGAAAAUGGCCAGAAAUGGGGAAGGGGGGGGUCUCGUCGGGAAGACCCCCUUCCCCGAUGGGUGUUCCAGAUUUGAUGAGUGUUGUGACGGUUUUCUUUGUACAGGGAGCAGCUGUUGGGGGGAAACUCAGCAGUUUGGCUUCUUCCUGUGCACGGUUUGUGACGCUUUGUCCCAUGUUCGUAAAGUUUCUCAGGAAAACAUCGUCUUAGUACAGGGGUCAGUGGAUUGUCCCCGGCCCGCGAUAGCCAGCCUAGUACAUUGAGGUCUUUACAAAAACGCUUCUAACUGAAAAGCACAAUGAGAAUAAUGUAGAUAUUGUUAACCUUCCAGGUUAAGUUUACAAGGAGAAAACUUGAUAAGCCCCUCCCGGCCUGGGAAGGAAAUGCUCAGGUAUUGACUGUGCCCUAAAUAACCCCUGGAAGACAAGGCUGCCCUUGGCCCGAGACGCAUUCGAGAUUUGGAAUCGGGGCUUUUUUUUCUUUACCCUUUAUUACCAAGUGCAAUUAUUUGGAAGAACUUGAAAGUGUAGCGUUGAUUUUUCAGUUUGCUUAUAGAAAAACCUGCCCGGCCCAUUUCUCCGUUUCUUUAAGGAAGGAACCCAUUUGGGGACCUCCCCCCAAAGCCCACAUGAACACUUUUAUUUGACGCUUGGUCUCUUAGAGCAGAAAUCCCCCUUGGGGAGCGGGCACUCAGCCUUGUUUUUCAGGUCUUGUUUUAGUGAUUUCACGGUAAGCCACGUAAGGGAUACGAGCCUUAACUUUUGUUUCUGGGGUUGCAGACGCUUUGUGGUGGCGGGGAGAACACGGCCUUUCUCUCGUGUUGGUUUGUCUGUCUCUUCCUAUCCCUCCCUUUUUCUUUUAUGGGGAGGGGGAAAUGUCACGUCCUCAGUAAUUUCUGUGGAAGACGCUUGCAGGACAUCUUUGGGGGGGUGGCCGU